AUGAAUAGCACCACGUUUGAUAAUGUAAUGAAUGCCAGGUCGUAUCGACUGAGCCUGGAUGACAUCCAGAACCUGGGGUCCCUGUACAUUUCAGAGAAUAACAAGAAAAUAGCCAAGUACAAUGAGGAGAUCAACCUGCUAAAGCAACAACUCAACUACCUGAAUGAGAAAAUGGGAAAAUGUGGAUACGUGCAUAAGGUUAUCGAGCCUGCGAAGCCCUCAGAGUUGACGUUCUGGUGCUACGAACUAAAAGAAAUGAAAGAAUUUCAAGAUCUGGUGAUGUACGAAAUAAAGAAGAAAAAAAAGCACUUCAAAAUCCUGAGCCAAGGUUGCGUCAAGUAUUUGAGUAACCGUGAAAAAAUAAAACAGAAGAAACAAGAAGAGGAGGAGAAGAGACUGAAGACUCAUUCCAAACAUAUCUCAUCCUACAUGGAUAUGUUUUGGAAAAAAAUAGAGAAAUUAGUAUGGGAAGAAAAAAAGCGAGAGUUGCAGAAAACGCUGAAUAAAAAAAAAGAAAUGAGAUUUAAAAGGUUCGUAAAGGACGCCAUCAAAAAAAUUAAACGAGCUAGACAAGGAAAUAUGCACGAACUGUUCAUCAAUAGACACGCCAGUAUAAGCUCGUUCAACCCAAGUGAAAACGUUACGUUUUCUUCGCACCAUGGCCCCACGGAGGGAAGUAAUGACCGGUGCAGCGUGGGAAGUAGUAAACGGGUUAGUAGGAUAAGCAAUGAACGGGUGAGUAGGCGGAGGAGUCAACGAGUGAGCGCGAGCAACGUUCAACUGAGCAACGUCGAACUGAGCAACGCAGGAAGUAUUGCACGAAGCAAUACGAACAACACGGAUGGCGCAGAUGUGCAAAACGUCGGCGACGAUGAGUUGAAGGAAGAAGACCUAACCAAUCAAGAGGAGGAAGACGUUUUGUUAGACGAGGAAAUGGAAUCUAGUGAUGAGUCAGAAGAAAAGGGAAAGGAAAUCAGCCUCCUGGAUGAUGAGGCCACCAUGCCCAUUGAGGAACUCCUCAAAAGGAUGUACGGAUUUAAAAGCGGCGAGGAGUAUCUGGAUUUGAUGCGCGAGGGAGAUGAACCGGAAGAGGAAGAUCCCUCAGCGAAGGAAGGGGCAGAGGAGGAAGCACCCAAUGGGGAGGGCUCUGCACAGGAGGGGGAACCAGACAACCCCGAACAGGGAGAGGAGACCGCCCAUAGUGUUAACUCCGAAUCGAAAACAAACGAGAAGAAAAGGAAAUUUGAAGAUUCGGAGGAAGAAACUCUUCCAGCUGAAGGGAAUUUGACGAAGAAGAGCGAGUCGCACAUUGAACGGAGGAGGAAACGGAGGAAGAGGAAUAAGAAGGGGAGGAAAAGUUACGAUGGGGGUAGCCAUAUGUGCACUGAUGGAGAUAACGAAGGGGAGGAGAGUGAGUCUUCCUCGUCUACCAGUUCCAACGACGACAUGCUCAUGUGCAAUAUGGACGAAAAGCACUUAACGAAAAUACCUCCAUUUAUAAAGGCGACACUGAGAGAUUACCAACACGCAGGACUUCACUGGUUACUCUAUCUGUACAAAAAUAAUAUUAAUGGAAUAUUGGCUGACGAAAUGGGAUUAGGGAAAACGUUACAAUGCAUUUCUCUCCUGAGUUAUUUGGCAUACAACUUUGACAUAUGGGGACCACACCUGAUAAUUGUACCGACCUCAAUUCUUAUAAAUUGGGAAAUCGAAUUGAAGAGAUUUUCUCCAUGCUUCAAAAUAUUAUCUUACUUUGGGAACCAAAACGAAAGAUACAAAAAGAGAGUUGGGUGGUUCAACAAGGAUUCCUUCCAUGUAUGUAUAUCUAGUUAUUCUACCAUUGUUAAGGAUCACCUUAUUUUCAAGAGAAAAAGAUGGAAGUACAUUAUCUUGGAUGAAGCUCACAAUAUAAAAAAUUUUAACACGAAAAGAUGGAACAUUAUCUUAAGCUUGAAGAGAGAAAAUUGUCUUUUAGUCACUGGCACUCCUUUGCAAAACAGUUUGGAAGAACUAUGGUCUCUUCUCCAUUUCCUCAUGCCAAACAUUUUUACAUCCCACUUAGAUUUCAAGGAAUGGUUUUCCGAUCCCUUAAAUUUGGCUAUACAGAAGAGCAAAAUAAAUGAUUCUAGAGAGCUCAUCGAUCGCUUACAUACAGUCAUAAGACCUUACAUUCUGAGGAGGUUAAAAAAAAACGUGGAAAAAGAAAUGCCCAAUAAGUAUGAACAUAUAAUUAAAUGUAAGUUAACAAGGAGACAACAAGUUCUGUACGAUGAGUUCAUUCAGAACAAACAGGUUCAGAAUACAUUGACCAGUGGCAACUACAUAGGUCUAAUGAAUAUCUUGAUUCAACUGCGAAAGGUUUGUAACCAUUGUGAUCUGUUCACAAAUAAGGAUAUUCAGACUCCAUACUAUUAUCUCCUCCCUAUCAGUUUUUAUAUUCCUCGUUUUUUUAUCCUCUUUGAGAAGACCUACCACCUUGAUUUUCAACUUAUUUUGUUUCUCCAUAGGGAGUUUACCUCCCUGGGUGGAGUACCUCUUCACCGUCAAGCCGAUGGGAAGAAACUAUCUAAGGGUAGCACUGCUACGUGUAAGAAAAAAUUUAUAACUGUCCUUCAAACCGAUCCCCAAAUUUCUUUCUCCAGUCCUUUGGAACAACUUUCUGGCGGCGAAAACAAGGAGUACACUGGAAGUUAUUCCACUAAGGAUCGUAUUGAUGUCAUCCCUUUGGAUACCUUCCCAAAUGGAAAUACAUUAAUCCCUCAUGCUAGAAACAUUCUCGACGAACCACAACAUGGAGAAAUCGUGGGAAAUAUGGACGAAGAGACAACAAGUGGACUAUACAAUCCCACCCAGGUUAUUUCCGCAUUUCGACAAAGGAGCUCUUCCACUGGUAGUACCACUGGGAAGAAGAGGCCACUUCCCCCUAGUGGUGGAAUGAACGAAGUGGUUACUUCCCCGGAGGGGGUAGGAACUCUCCUUCCUCUUGAUUUACACCAUCGCGCACGAAGUGGUACUUCAGUAAACGUAGAAGAUGUAAACACGUAUUUGAGCAACCACUUAAAGAGGAGAAGCUUGCCCAGAAAUUUACUUACAUAUUCAGACGAGUUCGUGAAGGAAAUGAAUAAUCACUACGAUACGCUGAGCCUUUUUAUCGACCCUGCUAACAAGCAUCGUUGUUAUGGCGAGUAUCUCUACCGAACGUUGAAGGACGCCUCUCCGUGUGGUGUACCAAAUGUAGGUGACCAUCUGAACAAGACCACCCUGAGCAAGCACGCAUCGAACGAGAUGGUAAACAAUAAUCGUCAAAACUUUCUCUACAAAUACAACAUGAAGGUUAUCAACAGCGAUACGCAGUAUAGAAAUUUCUUUUCGGACGAGUCGAACCAGAGCUACCUGAAUUCUCUGGAACACAAUUUGUGGAUUAAGAGACAACGGAAAUUUGAUGAGGAAGAUAGGAGGAAGGAGGAACAACUUAAAAAGAUCUACAUCAAUGACUACAACUUAUUAAAAAAUAACAGAACCCCUUUGUUUGGGACGAACCUGCUAAGCUUACUUAGGCGCGAAUUCUCUCGGGAUGGAUUUGUUCCUUACCACACAAGCAACAAUCUGCCUGUAAACGAUUCCCUCAUGCGGGGGUUGUGUGCGGCAGAUGCAAUAAGCGUAUUCAAUUCGACAAAUACAGGUGACACCAUGAACGUAUCUGACGUGACUACUACCGGUGCAUCUGGUUCAACCAUUCUGGAGAAGCUUUUCCCCACCAUGGAACUCUUCCUAAAAACACACCAACGAGAAAUUCACAACUUCACAGUGAUGAACACGCCGGCGGUCAUCAGCAGCAGUCACAGAAUCGCAGUGAAUAACAACCUCCUUCAGAAUUGUAGCCACCUAGAACCAAUUCUCCAUAGAAUCAAAAUAGCUACAAGGGUGUACCAUGAGCCCUUCCACAAGCAAUCCAUCAUCUUCCCACUAAAUAAAGAUAUAACCUUAGGAAGCGGAAAAUUAUUUGCUCUAGAAAAGUUGUUGAACAAAUGCAAAAGGGAAGGAAACAAGUGUUUGUUAUUCACUCAGUUUAUUAAAAUGCUCGACAUCUUAGAGAUCUUCCUAAACCACCUGAACUAUACUUUUAUCAGAUUGGACGGAUCAACAAAAGUGGAGCAGAGACAAAAAAUAGUUACGAAAUUCAAUAAUGACAAAUCGAUUUUUUUAUUUAUAUCAUCCACACGUAGUGGUAGCAUAGGAAUAAACUUGACAGCAGCUAAUGUGGUCAUUUUCUACGACACCGACUGGAACCCGUCCAUUGAUAAGCAGGCCAUGGACAGAUGUCAUCGUAUCGGGCAGACCAAAGAUGUGCACGUAUUCAGGUUUGUGUGUGAGUACACUGUGGAGGAAAAUAUUUGGAAGAAGCAACUUCAAAAGAGGAAAUUAGAUACCAUCUGUAUAAGCAUGGGUAAUUUUAGUAACCUGAACAAUGAGUCACUCCUCCCCGGUGGUACUUCCAGUGGUAGUGAUAAGAAUAACCCUUCGUUCAGUGAGAAUAAGGAUACCCAUCGCAAUGUACCCCCAAGUAUUGCAGAUGUGCUGAACGGGAGGGGAAAUCCAAUCCCCAAUAACGACUCCGGAAGUAAGGAUUGGUUUGCUAACGCCGAUACGAUUAAAGAAAUAUUCAUUAAUAAAAGGAAUAAUGAUGAAGAUGAUGAUAUUUACAAAGAUAGACUGUUACAUGAACACAUGGAUGAGACGGAUAAGACCAAUGUGCGUUUUGAGAAGACACUAGAACACGUGGAAGACAAGGAUGACAUCAACGCCCUGCAUGAAAAUAAGAAGGAGAAGUUACAUGCCAUCUCGCAAGAUCUUCAGGAAUUCACCAACAGAAACGAUUUCCAGGAAACCUACACCCUCACGUCUUACUGCUUCAACUUCCUUAACGACAAUCUGACGGACAGCCUAAAGCAACAGAUCGAGGAAAUGAAAAUGAAAAUAGAAAUUGAAAUGAUGAACGUGGGGGCGGACGACAACGACAAUGACGACGAUAACAAUGAUGACGACAACAACGAUGAUGGCAAUGAUGAUGACAGUGAUGAUGAUGGUGAUGAUGAUGGUAAUGAUGAUGGUGAUGAUGAUGGUAACGAUGAUGGUAACGAUGAUGGUAACGAUGAUGGUAACGAAGAUGAGGAGGAGGAGGAGGAUAGUGACGAUGAGGGCGAUGACCAAGACAACCCCACCCUCGACGAGGCGUCACCUUCAUCCUCUACCGAAACGGAAGGUCUACACGGGGAAUGA